AUUUCUCUUUAGACACUUGAGGGUAAAAGACUUUGUGCACUUGGAUGCAACCGUAUGACGCAUAAACACGCAGCUAGGUAGGGGUCGAACUUUGAGAAUCUCCCCUUCUUCAGAUCCAGAAAGAGGAAGAGAGAAAAAGAGGAGGCUCCUGCUUCCCGUCCAACGCCAUUACUGCCUCCAAGCACAUGACGAUGUUUACUUCUCUCCGAUCGCUAUCCGUUUUUCUUCUCUGCGCCAUCUUCCUCGUCCCCAUUCUCGCCAAGUACCAAGAAGAUGAUCCUGUUACUUUGUGGGUAAACAAGGUUGGGCCAUAUAACAAUCCACAAGAGACCUACAAUUAUUAUACCCUCCCGUUUUGCCGACCACCUGGAAAUGCUGCGCACAAGUGGGGUGGCCUGGGCGAGGUUCUUGGGGGGAAUGAGCUUAUUGAUAGUCAAGUUGACAUAAAAUAUAAGAAAAAUGUAGAUAAGAGUUCUAUUUGUGAACUUGAAUUGGAUCCAGCUAAGGUUAAGCAGUUUAAGGAUGCAAUUGACAAUUCUUAUUGGUUUGAGUUUUUCAUGGAUGAUUUACCACUUUGGGGAUUUGUUGGAGAGGUGCUCCCCGAUAGAAAUCGUGAUACUAAGCAUGUCCUGUAUACCCACAAGAAUAUUCUGAUACAGUACAAUGGUAACCAGGUCAUUCAUGUUAACCUUACUCAAGAAGGCCCUAAACCACUAGAAGAAGGUAAAACACUAGACAUGACAUACUCAGUAAAGUGGGUUCCAACUAACAUCAGUUAUGCACAUCGGUUUGAUGUUUACCUGGAUUAUCCCUUCUUUGAGCAUCAGAUCCACUGGUUUUCUGUAUUCAAUUCAUUCAUGAUGGUUAUCUUCCUCACUGGCUUGGUCUCAAUGAUUUUAAUGCGAACUCUUCGUAAUGACUAUGCUAAGUAUGCUCGUGAGGAUGACGACUUGGAGACACUAGAAAGAGAUGUAAAUGAAGAGUCUGGUUGGAAACUUGUCCAUGGUGAUGUUUUUCGGUCACCACAGAAUUUGGCUCUGCUUUCUGCCGUUGUUGGCACUGGUGCUCAGCUUGCCGCACUUGUUCUACUUGUCAUUAUAUUGGCAAUUGUUGGAAUGCUAUACAUUGGGAGGGGUGCAAUUAUCACCACCUUUAUUGUAUGUUACGCUUUUACAUCCUUCAUUUCGGGUUAUGUGAGUGGUGGAAUGUACUCCCGCAGUGGUGGUAAAACAUGGAUAAAGUCAAUGGUUCUUACAGCAUCACUUUUUCCUUUCUUGUGUUUUGGAAUUGGGUUCAUUUUGAACACAGUUGCAAUAUUUUAUGGAUCUUUAGCUGCUAUUCCCUUUGGUACCAUUGUGGUUGUUUUUGUCAUUUGGGGAUUUAUUUCAUUUCCCCUUGCCCUUCUUGGAACUGUUGUUGGGAAAAAUUGGAAUGGCACUCCUAACAAUCCUUGCCGUGUGAAGACCAUCCCGCGUCCUAUCCCUGAAAAGAAAUGGUAUCUCACGCCAUCCAUUAUUUCCCUCAUGGGAGGGCUUCUUCCAUUUGGAAGCAUUUUCAUUGAGAUGUAUUUUGUCUUCACUUCGUUUUGGAAUUACAAGGUUUAUUAUGUAUAUGGCUUCAUGCUUCUGGUUUUCAUUAUCUUGAUCAUCGUCACGGUGUGUGUGACAAUUGUGGGAACAUAUUUCUUGCUUAAUGCCGAGAACUAUCAUUGGCACUGGACUUCAUUUUUCUCUGCUGCUUCCACUGCUCUUUACGUGUACCUCUACUCUAUAUACUAUUAUCAUGUAAAGACCAAGAUGUCGGGCUUCUUCCAAACCAGCUUUUAUUUUGGAUACACUUUGAUGUUCUGCCUUGGGUUGGGAAUACUCUGUGGUGCAGUCGGGUACUUGGGCUCCAAUUUGUUUGUCAGGAGGAUUUACAAGAACAUUAAAUGCGACUAAACAUCUAUGCUGUGUACUGAAUAUGCUUUGGUCUUGGCAAUUGUUGCAUACUUGCAGCACAAUGUUUUUUGUACCGAAAAUUACUGCGGUCAGAUCUUGUAUUACUCAGUAAAUUGUUCAAGAUAUUUGGUAUUACAGUAUUACACUUUAGUGAGGGCGAAUGAACAUUGUAGAUUAUUAUAUAGUGAGAAUGAAGGCUAAAAGUUUGGAGCAAGGAAGUUUUUAUAUUUUAUUUCAAAUUAUAGAUGCUGCAAAUCAUGUAGAGAUAUUAACUUUUGAUGUCUGAAUAAUCAUUUUGACCAUAACUUUGUUUUGGAAUCAGUCUUGAAAUAUUCUCUGCAAUCUGUAUCAAUUUAAUGUAACCUUUAUGAAGAAGCUUCUUCAGUUGGCCCAACAAAUGGACAAGUAAUUUUAUGUGCAAAUUUAUAAAUACGUAUCAAAAGCAUAUAAAA